GAAUAAACCAAAGAUGAAAACAACAGUGUCAAUAAUCUUAACAGUCUUGUUCUACAAACACGUAUAUAGUUAUUUAAGAGUAUGUUACUACACAAACUGGUCACAAUACAGACCUAACGGAGGAAAAUUUACACCUGAUAACAUAGAUCCUAAGUUGUGCUCACAUAUAAUAUAUGCGUUUGGUAAACUGGAGGGUAACAGACUGGUACCAUUUGAAUGGAAUGAUGACUCCACGGAAUGGAGUGUCGGAAUGUAUGAUAAGGUAAAUAACCUUAAAGUAGGAAAUCCAGAAUUAAAAACAUUAUUAGCAACAGGUGGUUGGAAUGCCGGAAGUGUUCCAUUCAGUGAUAUGGUGUCGACUAAGGCCAAUAGAAAGCAGUUCAUCAAUUCCACUCUACACUUUCUUAGAAAAAGAAAUUUUGAUGGUCUAGACAUGGACUGGGAGUAUCCAGCGAGGCGGGGCGGAAAACCUUCAGACAAGGAAAAUCUUGUCCUUUUACUAAGCGAAUUAAGACAAGCAUUUGAACAAGAGUCGUACCAUACCGGACGUCCACAACUCCUACUUACAGCAGCUGUACCGGCUGGCAAAUCUAACAUAGAUGCUGGAUAUGAUAUACCUAAUGUCGCCAAGAGCCUCGAUUUUAUAAACAUAAUGACGUAUGAUCUACAUGGGUCAUGGGAGGCUACGACAGGACACAAUAGCCCGCUGUUUGGAAGAACAUCUGAAAGUUCCGCCGAUGCAAUUCUUAAUAUGGAGUGGGCACUGAAAUACUGGACACAGAGUGGCGCACCAAAACAUAAACUAAUUGUUGGUAUUGGAUUAUAUGGUAGAAGUUUUAAAUUACAAUCACCGAUGAACAAUGGGAUUGGUGCCCCCGCAGUUGGAGCUGGUGCGGCGGGAAAGUACACCAGGGAACCAGGAUUUAUGGCAUAUUAUGAAGUAUGCGAUGAACUGUCAAAAGGAGCUACACGAGUAUGGCAAGCAGAGCAUAGAGCACCAUAUAUGCACAGAGGAGACUUGUGGGUUGGUUAUGACGAUGAAGAAAGUGUUAUUGCCAAGGUACGAUGGAUGAAACAAAAUAAGUACGGUGGAAUAAUGAUUUGGUCACUUGCACUUGACGAUUUUUCUGGACAAUAUUGCAAAAAAGGACCAUAUCCCCUUCUUAAUGCAAUUAACUCUGAACUUGGUUCGAUGUCUAUAUCUAUGAAUGUUCAAAGUCAAAAUCCAUUAGAUUUAGCGGCAAAUCAGUUGCCAGUAGAUAUGUUAUUGUCGCCGCCAGUGCCUGAUAUCCCACGACCUCCUCCAAUUUUCCAAUCCAAUUCAGGAACCAGCGCUGCUGCACAAGCUAUCGGAGAUUUAUUGCUGCAAGGAACAACAAAGCUAUCUCCUCCAAAGUCUCAUUCUGUUCCACAAAAUGCCGGAUUACUGCAAGAAAAUGCUUUACCGACUAUUAUAAGUGAUCCCAGUAAUAGAGCUGUUGUGCAUUCUAACCCUGUUGUUCACGACAUAGCAACAGCCGUUCCGCAGUCCAGUAAUUUUGCAACUUUGAAUACACCUCUACAAAUACCGAAUUCCAAUGUACCAAAUUUGUUUCCUGGGCCAAAUAUGCAAGAAUCAAUCCAAAAUGUUCUAUCUACUGGGAAUUCGUUUUCAAGAAACAACGGACCUCCGCCAUCGGUUUUUCCUAACGAAAUGGCAGGGUCAGCGUUAGCCAACUUCACUAGUGCAAACACUCAUGGCACAUUUCCGUUAGAAUUUAUGCAUAACAGCGGGCACACUAUGGGUAGAGAAUUGCAAAGUUCGACAAAUCAUAUUCAAGGACAACAGUCACCACAUUCUACACAUGUACAUCCGAGUUCUUCCGUGCCUCAUUUACCACCAGACCUUCCACCAGUGGCAAUGGUGCCACCAUCGACAGGCGACAUUUUCAACGUACCUACGUCAAAUGCAGCACCAGUGGCACCUGUUAUAUCAGACACAUCGAUACAUGUACCCAUGGGUUCCCAUGAUCAUGUCAUCCACCAAAUCCCUAUUGGUGGUCUACCUAACUUAGUGGGGUCGCCUAGUACUGUGAGUGAACAUUCAGUGAGUAAUCAGAAUGUGCCAGUUGUAGUUGGAGCAUUACCAGUGGUGGAGCCAGCGGUUGCAGGAAUUGCAGUGGAAUCAAUGCCCUCUGUAGAAGCUUUGGGAGUGUCUCCGGCUGUUGAUUUUUCCCCUCCAAUUGCUGCAGCAGCACAUUCUGAUAUAGGUCUUGCAGCAGUACGCCCAGCACCUCCAUCAAGACCAAACGUCAAUUUUUCGUUUUCGUCCAGCUCAAGUAGUAAUAGCAGUUCAUCAUCGUCAUCUUCGUCCUCCUCUUCCUCUUCAAAUUCAACUGAAAGACGUAUUGACAUUUCUGACCCCAUUCGGUCCGCACUGCCCCCUUCGGUCCAGGAACUUCUUAGUCACGGUCCUAUUGACAUUCAUCCAAUGCCGGCUUCUGGUCAUUCACAUGCAGUAGGCGAUCAAGCACAUGGUAUAGUGCCUGGGGGUACAGUGAAAGCAGUUAUUCCUAUUGAUAAUAUCAACAGUUUAACUCAGGUUUUGAAUAAUCUACAGACUAAUGUUCCAACUUCAGGUACAGUUUUAAUUCCUGAACCAGGAAACCAACUCCGACCAGAAACCGUUCUUAGAGAACUUGAUAUUGGGAAUAUUCUUGGAUCUAAUAUAGCAACUCCGGUUCAAAUAAAUAGAACACCUCCGCAACAAGGUACUAGACGAGGAUCAAGAUUGUCUUCUGGUAAUAAUCGCGCAAUAUCUACACGAACUUCUAAUCAAGGAAACAAUGGUCAACAGUCUAACAGAGGUAAUAAUAUUCAAAACAUGCGGAGAGUAAUGACUAUCCCUCCCAUAAACAACAAUCGUCGUGUAAAUGUACGAAGGCCUCAAACCAGACAAGUACAGCCUUCAAUUGGACGUGUAUUCCCCGUUUCACUUACACAGCUGCGUCGACUAAUUAAUGCUUUAGGAAGAGAUACAGUUCGAAGUAUGUUACACAGUGGACGUAUAGUGUAUCAACCAAAUGUUCAAAGAAGACAAAUUGUAAACACACCAGUUGUUCGAACGCGUACACCAAGAUUAAGAAAUACUGUGAUUAGACAAAGACAACCAACUAGAACAAUGCCAAAUAGAAAUAUAUUAUCAGCUCGUUCUUUACAACCAAGUAGAAUAAGCAGACGCGUUUUUGUAAAUAAUAAUUUGGAAAGACGUCCUUCACUCGGUGCGCAGUCCAGAAGUAGCAAUUCAAAUUUGGAUAUAUUAUCAUUGCUAGGAUUAUAACUAAUUCAAUUGUAUAGAUUCCUUAAUGAGCUAGAUUUAAUUAAAUUGCAACAAGCAAAUAAAUGAACAACCAAUACAUAUAAUUCUCAAGGUGAAAUUAUUGUCAAUUUUAGCAAAGUAUUGUCCUGUGUUAGUGUAUACCCCGGUAUUGCUGUAUUCUAUAAGAUAAUGUUAUAAUUGCAUUUACCAGGAGGAAGAACCCACCUAACAAAAGUGUUUGUGAGUAAAUAUUGCAAGAAUUAUGCAUACAUUAGUAUGAACAAUACUUCGCUUCUUUCAAGAUAUUACAAAGGAACAGUGUUGGGUUUCAUAGCAUGACAUUUCUUAUUUAUUUAACUUUAUAAAAGCACACUUUGCUAGUUGAUAUAUAUUAUCAAUAUUUAUACCUCUCAUAAUAUGAAAUUUAAAACCUGUAGUGAAAUUAUUGUGUUGCAACGUGUAUAACGCCAAGAGAAAAGCUUACUACUGAAAAAGCCAUUAAUUCCUGCUGAUAUUUAUGUUAUGUUAUAUUAAUAUAACAUGUAUAUAAUAAUCAAGUGAUCCAGACACAUACAGGAUAGCGUACCAUGAGCUGUUGAUACAUGCUUUAAAAGUCGACAACAGUACUAGCAACAUCGUAAGAUCUUACGAGUCUAUACAACAAAACGAUAUAACAAGAACGUUAAGAAACAGAUGAUAUUAAAAUGCAGAUUAAUUCAAGGAUGUGUGCAUAACUUUGUUGUAGUUUCGGGUAAAUUUCUUAAGUUAUUUCUUGACGACCAUGGUUAUUUGUUUAUUGUACCUAGAUAAAAUGAAUGACGUUGUAUAAAAGACUAUGAUGAGACUGGUAGAGAUAAAAUCUGUAUAACAGUACUAUAGUGUAAGACAUAUUGACAAUUUGAAGAGAAUAGGGUAAACGAUGUCAUUUGUUUUAAGGUGUAUAUAUGUAAUAUAUUUAAGUUUUGACAUUGUCAAAAUAAAUAGAUGUUUACUGACUUUGCAUCACGACGUUUUAAAACACAUAAAAAUAUCAUUUCUAAUUUAACGUACACUAUGCAUGUAUAGUAGAAGUAUAAUUAUCGAGUUAUACAGGCAGACUCUUUCAAAUAGCUGUUGGUGGAAUUUCAAAACUACGAGUACAUGAUAAAGAGUUAUUCGUGAAAUUUAUUUUAUCUAAAGCUUUUAAUGAUUGCUAUAAUAAACAUGUGAUAAUAUGUGUAUUUGUUUGAAAAGAUUAAAUAUUUAUAUAUGAUCUAGUUUAUAAUGUAUUUAUUUCGCACAUAGUAUUUUUACAAGAUUUCUUAGUCUGACUAGAAUGAUUAAAGAUUAAAAGAAUUGCAUUUAAUCAAAAACUAUUAAAAUAUCUUAUUUAGCA